AUGUUCCACUUCCGUCUCCUCAACCAAUCCCGCCAACACGAAAAGUCCGCUACCCAAUCCCCCAAUAUUACACCCAACCCGUCCACCGCAAACGACGCCCUCCUCCGCCGCAUACCACUCACCCCACUUGAUCCCCAAUACACCCACCCACCCACUGUCGAUAUCCACGAUCAGAUGUUGUCGACUAGUGCCUCAUCUGCGUUCCCUGGUUACAAUCCUUCCGACAUCUUGCAAGAUUCCGACUCGACUCGCGUCCUCCCCGGCCGUCCAAUCGUCUCUCGUACAGCGCUCGAUGACCUCGUAGCUGCUGCUCCGCCCACUAGACGAAGGUCUAUUCCAAGCCACACCUCCACUGGCUCUCGCCCUCCUCAUCUGCCGUCUCUCCGCCCACCCCGACGCUCUGUUCAUUCACCGACUUCUUCCGUCAGUUCCUCGUCCCGAACAUCCGUGUCAUCCGACCUUUCGCUGCCCUCGGCUCUAUCAUCCCCUGCACCGCCCACCAUCCUUAACCUGGCUGGCGAUGCCGGCUUGCUAGGUCCUUCCGACGAUAUAUACUCCGGUCUCUCUGCAUUCUCCUUCGGCACCGCUCCCGUCCAGCAGUCCCGGAGUGUUGAGCCUGUCAGCCCCUUUACCGUACCCACUCCCUCCACCGCCGAUCACACUCCUCGUCCUUCCUUCUCGAGCACCAGCACCCGAAAGCGUACCCCGCGCGUUCAGACCCAGGAGAUUGACCAGGUGGAAGGGGCUGGCGACGACGACGAAGACGAAGAGGAAAUGGCGAGACAGACUCGCGCAAAGAUGCGGGCCAUCGACGACGGUACGCGCAGACCAUCGCUACCUAUCAACGCGCUCCCCGGCGUUUCAGAUGCCCCAUCUCCUCCACGUACGACGGCCGAGGGCGACACUGACGUGGACUUGGACACCGAUGUUGAGUUCGAGGGAGCGCAGGAGAUGGACACCGCGUCGGUGCAUACCUUCGGGGGCAGGACGGAGUACUAUCCGCUCAAAGGACUGUCGCAGCCAAGACCGGCUGAAGACCGGGAAGACGAGGACGUCAGUCAGACGGUCGAUCGUCCGUGUUCCCCUGUGACCUUCGCACACGAAGAACAAGAGGAGUACGACGAUGGCUUCGUCUCGUCGCCCCCACCUUCACGGCAGGCAAGCGUUCCUGCCUCCACCGGCACUCGCGCCCGAGAAGACAGCGAAAUCACCAUCACUGCAAGGAGACGAGUGAGUCGUGCAAGCGAUAUUGGCGACAUUGCAGAAGAACACGUCCCACCACCCGUUCCCGAAAUUACCCUCCAGUGUCCUCCUCCAGCCGAGACACUGGAGAGCCGCGAUGAUGCUGGACAACCCGCAACUUCCACCGCCUAUGACGGCUUCAAUCUGGACUACAUUCUCGAACAGCCAGACGAUUCUGACCCGCAGCCUUGGGGCGAUUUUAGUUCAAGACGACUGAGCGAGUCGAUCACUCCUUGGGAUCGCAACUCGGUGUCCAGCGGUCGUCGCUCAAGCCAGACGACGAUGAGCGAGGACGCCUUCACCCGGCACUAUAAGAAGGUCGACCACAUAGCGGAAGUGUCUGCUAAAAAGUUCAUGAUCGCGAAGGAGAAAGCGGAUAGCCCCACCCCUACCCUUUCGACUACUCGUACUGGACGUGCCGCCAUCCACGAGAUCUGGAGGUCGCCAUGCAUAGGACGGUUCAAGGUCGAAAAACAGUGGACAAAACGUGCGGAUCCCGACAAGCCCAUCUCGCAGCGCAUAAAUGUCCGUCACCAGCCAGACCCAUUCCUCAACCGCAUGGUCUCAGGGCCGCAUUCAAUCGUCCACCGGCAUUCUCGGACCAUCGCGGUUCAAGCCCACUACUACAGCACAAGGACAACGAGCCAGCUCAACGCCCAUGGCCACCUGAGCGAUCGCUCUGAACGAGAGCGGAACCGCCCAGAGGAAAAGUCGAGGUGGAAGUCAUCAAAGCGCCCUACGACUGCUGACUCCGGCCAGACCACGAGUGGGAGCACUGUGGCAUCGUCCUCGAAACAAACGCUAGAGUCAGACGUUCCUCGGAAGCACCGAGUGGGACCGUCUCCCCCUACCCCUGUUUCCCCCACGUCGGGUACUACGGCCUUCUCCGCCACGUCGACGUCGAAUUAUGCCCCCUCCAUCUCAACGGCGACGCUCUCCGUCAGGGAGUCCAUGGACUCGCGCUCUCCUGCCACGUCGCUAGAAAAGGAGCGACCAUCGUCGCCAUAUCCGGCCACCAAGGAUGAGGAGGAUGAUGAGUCCGACGACCUCGACGACUACGAUAUGACAAGGCCCAAGCCCGCGUAUCAGCGUGCCUCUCACGAGGAGGCGUUCGGGACGAUGGACACGACCGCUAUCGACUCUUACCACCGGCACAACGAUCACCACUCCAAACGGGGGAUCUUCUUCGCUGGUAUCGGCAAGCUGCGCAAACCGACCUCGACUGCACCGCACAGCACUCAGGCGAUAACUCCAGUCCCUUGGGUAACCAUGAACCAUAGGGACCAACUAGAGGUUCAUGAACGGACCGUCGGCUCGAUCAACGACUCCUUCUCCGGUGUCGGCCUCCUUCCUAUGCAGAAGUCGUCGCACACGAAGCAGUCCAAGAGCAAGGUGCCUACUAUGACCGAGGAGGCUCAGGCGAUCUUCGACAACAUCCCUGCGGACUCUCUAUACAUGAUCCUCCCCUUGUGGGCAGACUCGACGGACCCCGAAUCCACCAAGGCGGACUGGGGCUUGCAGUACACCCCUGAAACCAUCGCGCUGGAAGAUCGCCGGUUCCUCAUCGUCCACUUCCUGGACCAUCACGAAGGGGAGGACGGCCAGAAGCACAGAUCCAACAAGAGCCGCAGCAAGUCGUCAUCGGCGAAGUCCAGCACUCCAGGCAUCCCUCAGCAGGGCUUCCGACUUAUCGCGCAGUACGCUUCUUACAGCGCGUUCGCCGGUUCAGGCGUGCGCCUUCCUAGUGAGGGUCUCGCCGUUCUUGGUUCCAUGUCGGAGGCGGUUGCGUACCCUGCCAGCCAACAGCAUUCAGGCCCGAUAUCCCUCGGACGGUACUCGGGGAAAAGCAACAGCGUCUUACUCGACCCACAAGGCCUGGCGGCGUUCAAACUUGUUCAUUGCCCGAAGGAAGCAGACUUGCCGCCCCCUGAUCAGGAAGAGGUGGCGGACCAGUCGCAUUCGGAGAUGUUCCCCACUCCCCUUGGCGCCGCUGUGAUGGAGCUCAUCUGCCUCGCCUGCUUUGCGCUCACGUUCGCGCGCGCAGACCCUCCCUCGAACCUGUGA